GUUUUUACUGGAAUUUUUGCAGCAGAAAUGGUUCUCAAGAUAAUUGCUAUGCAUCCUUUUUAUUAUUUCCAAGUUGGCUGGAAUAUUUUCGAUAGUUUUAUAGUUACUCUGAGUUUGGUGGAGCUUUUCCUGUCAUCUGUGGAUGGAUUAUCUGUGCUCCGAUCAUUCAGAUUGCUUCGAGUUUUCAAACUGGCAAAAUCUUGGCCAACACUAAAUAUGCUGAUAAAAAUUAUUGGUAACUCUGUGGGAGCUCUGGGGAAUCUGACCCUGGUGCUGGCUAUCAUUGUGUUCAUUUUCGCCGUGGUUGGGAUGCAGCUGUUUGGGAAAAGCUACAAGGAAUGUGUCUGCAAGAUCUCCAGUGACUGUGAGCUUCCACGCUGGCACAUGCAUGACUUUUUCCACUCUUUCCUGAUUGUAUUCCGAGUGCUGUGUGGAGAAUGGAUAGAAACGAUGUGGGACUGCAUGGAGGUUGCUGGCCAACCCAUGUGCCUUACGGUCUUCCUGAUGGUCAUGGUGAUUGGAAACCUUGUGGUACUGAACCUUUUUCUGGCCUUGCUGCUGAGCUCAUUUAGUUCAGACAACCUUUCUCCUAUGGACGAUGAUAAUGAAAUGAACAACUUCCAGAUUGCUGUUGCAAGAAUUCAGAAGGGAAUAGAUUAUGUGAAGAAAAAAGCAAGUGAAUGUGUCCAAAAGUCUUGUUGGGGAAAACAAGCUGUUGUAAGUCAAAGAACAGCAACAGAUCAGUUGAAUGAUGAGAGAGACCAUUGUAUUUCCAACUGUACCAUCGCUGAAAUAAGGAUAAAUACGAAUUAUCACAAAAAUGAGAAUGGAAUGGCCACUGUUAUAGGUGGUAGUGAUUAUACAUCAUUCAUAAACAACCCAAGCCUUACUGUUACAGUGCCAAUAGCUGUUGGAGAAUCUGAUUUUGAACAUUUAAAUACAGAAGAGUUUAGUAGUGACUCAGAUUUGGAGGAAAGCAAGGAGAAGCUAAAUUUUUCCAGCUCAUCUGAAGGAAGUACAGUUAAUUUAGCUCUCAGUGGAGAAGAUAAAUCUGAAACUGAACCAGAAAAAGCAUCAGAGCUACAGGCAUGCUUUACAGAAGGCUGUAUACGGAAGUUUAAAUGCUGUGAAGGCAGUAUGGAAAGCACAAAAGGAAGAAUCUGGUGGAACCUUCGAAAAACCUGCUACAAGAUAGUAGAACACAACUGGUUUGAAACAUUCAUUGUCUUCAUGAUUCUUCUUAGCAGUGGUACUCUGGCUUUUGAAGAUAUAUAUAUUGAACAGCGCAAGACUAUAAAAACCAUACUGGACUAUGCAGAUAAAAUCUUCACUUACAUCUUUAUUCUGGAAAUGGUGCUAAAAUGGGUGGCCUAUGGUUUUAAAACUUAUUUCACUAAUGCUUGGUGCUGGCUGGACUUCCUGAUUGUUGAU